CUUAAUUCUCCCUGUGCCUAGGAAGGUGACUUUGUACAACCUCAACGGAAAUUGUCUUUUAUAAGUCAAAUGAUGGAAUGAAAAUAUGAAGUGAUCUCUCAAGCUCACAAAUACUAUGGAAUGCUUAAAUUAUAAGGUCAGGUAGAAUCCUGUGGUCCGUUGCUAAUACAAAACGCUCCCAAGAAGUAUAACCUACAAAUGGAAACUAAUGUGAAUCUAAUAUCAUUAGGGUGGAAUUAUACUUUUUAAAACGAUUGUAUGUAUGUAUGUGUGUAUUUAAGCAGGGGGUGGGCAGAGACACAAUGAGGAAGAGAGAAUCCCAAUCAGACUUCCUGCUGAGGGUAGGAUCCUACUGGGGGGAAUGACCUCACAACACUGAGAUCAUGACCUGUGCUGAAAUUGGGACUGGAACACUUAAAUGACUGAACCACCCAGGCACCCCUGGGUAGAAUUUUACUUUUGAAGAAGUCUCUGGACACCAUACAGUCCACAAGGUCAACAUUUGAAAACUUUUUCUUUAUUCUAUUUUUUUAAAAAGCUUUUAGAGAAGCUAUAGAACAAUGAGAAAGAAUGAGAAAGCAUACUCUUUGUAUUGGAAGGAUUAAUCAUUAUUUUCCAGAGAGAAAAUAAGAAAUAAUGAAUUUAAAACAGAGAGACCAAAAGGAAACGAAACGAAACCAAAAAGAGUUUCAUCAUUGACUACAACAAGCCUUCCACACUGAAAUUUGAGGUGAUCCCCAUGCCACACGACAGAGAGGCUGCUGAAAAGUCGCUAGAUCAUUUUUUAGACAUAGCUACUAAUGUUAUGCCAACAUUGUCACACUGGCAGUCAGCAUUAAAACUGGACGAAUUCUUAUUUCAAGAUGAUGGAAAUUUCAAACUGUGUGAGACUGUAGUUUACAACCAGUCAAUCAUGAAGAAACUCCGGGAAGCUAACUACAAUGUAAUGGUCAUAGACCCUGCAUUACCCUGUGGAGAGCUGAUUGCUGAACUACUGGGGGUCCCUUUUGUGUAUACGGUAAGGUUCUCUAUUGGUGACACUGUGGAAAAAUACUGUGGGAAGCUUCCAGCUCCACUUUCCUAUGUUCCUGUUACCAUGGCGGCACUAACAGACAGAAUGACUUUUCUGCAAAGGGUAAAAAAUUUAAUGUACUCCAUUUUCUUUAAGUUCUGGAUCCACCAACAUGACAAUCCAUUUUGGGACCAGUUUUACAGUGAAGUAUUAGGAAGACCCACUACAUUAUGUGAGAUUAUGGGGAAAGCAGAAAUUUGGUUAAUCCGAACAUAUUGGGAUUUUGAAUUUCCUCGCCCAUACUUACCUAAUUUUGAGUUUGUAGGAGGGUUGCACUGUAAACCUGCCAAGCCAUUACCUAAGGGAAUAGAGGAAUUUGUCCGAAGUUCAGGUGAAGAUGGUGUUGUGGUGUUUUCUCUGGGGUCAAUGGUCAAAAAUCUCACAGAUGAAAAGGCCAAUCUCAUUGCCUCGGCUCUUGCCCAGAUUCCACAGAAGGUUUUAUGGAGAUACAAAGGAAACAAACCAGCCACGUUGGGAACCAAUACUCGGCUCUAUGACUGGAUACCCCAGAAUGAUCUUCUUGGUCAUCCCAAAACAAAAGCUUUUAUCACUCACGGUGGAACCAAUGGGAUCUAUGAAGCUAUUUAUCACGGGGUUCCUAUGGUGGGAGUGCCUUUGUUUGCUGAUCAGCCUGACAACAUCGCUCACAUGAAGGCCAAAGGAGCAGCUGUGGAGGUGAACAUCAACACAAUGACCAGUGCAGAUCUGCUCCAUGCCCUGAGAACAGUCAUUAAUGAACCUUCUUAUAAAGAGAAUGCUACAAGAUUAUCGAGGAUUCACCAUGAUCAACCUGUAAAGCCCCUGGACCGAGCAGUCUUCUGGAUUGAGUUUGUCAUGCGCCACAAAGGAGCCAAGCACCUGCGGCCAGCCUCCCAUGACCUCACCUGGUUCCAGUACCACUCCUUGGAUGUGAUUGGAUUCCUGCUGGCCUGUGUGGCGACUGCUAUAUUCUUGGUCACAAAAUGUUGUUUGUUUUCUUGUCGAAAAUUUAAUAAAGCAGGAAAGAAGAAAAAGAGGGAGUAGAUCUUUCUAAGCUGGGAAGAGGCCUUAAUGGGCAAUCCCGUUCAGUCUAACCACCGUGACCUUAAUGAAAACACAGUAUCUCCAUCUCAUUUUCAAAAUUCCCAUUCUUCUACUCUAGCCUAGAGGUAAAGCCUAAAAUUCAACAUGAUCAUUAACUAGUGAACAUGCCCCAGUAUUCCUUUGUCUUUUCCCAGGUGCCUUUACCCUUUCCUCUCAUUUUCCUGGCACAAAGACACUAAUAAUUUUAUGUAUCUUUUUAGUCAAAAUAUCGUUAUUUUUCAUUAUUCUUUUUCAUAAAGAUAAGGCCUUCUACUUGCCCAAAUUUGCUGUGGUCAGAGACUAAAUUGAUAAGUACCCCAACAGUGCAUCAUACUAGGGAAGGUCUGCAAAUUCCUAUUUCAUACAUAGAUAAUCAUGGCCUUUGUUUCUGCCUAUAAUCAACAAGUACUCCUGUGUACCUAUUUUUGAAACAAGGGUAUGGGGACUGCCCUCAAACAAAAGAGAUUAAUUGUGUCAUUAUUUUUCCUCAGGGACAGAGAAUGUCAACAGUAUUAAAGGUGAAUAGAUCAUCUAUAGAGGAAAUUAUUAAGAAAUAUGGAAAAAAAUAGUACUUUUAUGAGAUGUUUAAUUAACAGUACAAGUAAUAACAUUAAAGUUAAAUGUCAAUUUAUUAUAUUGUAAAAUCACUAAUGCCCAUAGUCUGUAAUCAGUCUUCAUAAUCCAAGAUUUAGUUCCCUAGCAAAAACAAAUAUUUCCUUGGAAUGUAAGACCAUCAUAUUAUUUUUCAGUCUGUAUAUCUUGCAAAUUUAAAUGUAUCAAUUAAAUAUUAUGCCAAGGAUGUAAGAUAUUAGCAGACCUGCUUGACUAAGAGUAUGUUUUAGUAAAUACUUAUGACACAAAACACUAAUUAAAAUUCAUAUUUGAAUCAGCUUUGCAUUAAUUUAACAAAUAAAGGCUGUACUUUCUUUACUUAUACACUUAAUGACGUAUUCUAAUUAAAGUAAAACUUUAUUAUUGAAAUUAAAAAUUUCAAUAGUUGAUGUAUAAUUGAGGUGAUAAAUUACAGCCCUUGACUUACUGAAAUUUUUGAAAUUCAUAUUUAUUUCAAUAUGGCAUAUUGAAAAUUACUUCCAAUUUAAAAAUAAAUGCAUGAUAUGUGGUAUAUAGGAAUAUGUGUUUCUUUUGAAUAUGUACAUUCCUGAAAAUGCAAAUAAAUUCUUAAAUCUUUUUGUGAAGGCUAAA